CCUCAGUCACACUCACUCUCUGUCCCUUCAUCGAAUCGCCACACGAGUUCGUCGCAACACUAGACGACGCUCCGUGCAACUUGAAUAUGUCCGCUUCUUCAUCCUCAUUCCUCCCAGGAGGCCAAGCCCUGACGGCCGAAACCCGCCAAAUGCAGGACCUCCUCCGGGAGUUCUACACUGACGACGGGGAAACGAAACACAACCCCACGGCAUACGACGAGUCGAAGCUGCGAGACUUUCUGCGCUCGCAAAAGAUAUGCUCGACGAGUCCAGGACGGUCCGAUUACCUGGAUGAAUAUGAUGCCAAGAUGCGUCUGAUCCCCCAAGUGUACGAUGCGUUCAUCGCCCUGUAUCCCGAAGUCACAGGUCAGGUCUCAGCCUCUCUCUGGACAGGACUCUGGAACACCUCGGCAAGCAACUUGGAGAAUCUGCUUGGCAAGUUGCGCGAUCCCAACGAACCGUUCGAAACACACGGUUCGCUGAACAUGUUCAGCAACUACUUUCCGUCACUCCUCAAGACUUUUCGUGGCUUGACCGCCCCCAAGGACGGUACUGAGGACAAGACCAUAUACAAACGAGACUCAUCGCAGUCAACAUCCGCUCUGAGACGCGAUAACGAAAGGUGUGUCAUCACAGGCGCACCUCACCCAGACGUUUGCCACAUCUUUCCGUUCGCCUCUCUGAAGCGUCGGCUUGACACGAAUGCGCACCUGGGUGCCAUGGCGAUCUUGUGGGGCGAGCAUCGGGUCCGCCAACUCCGCGCGAAGCUGACCGGACGUUAUGCUUUUGGGGCCAGCGACAACGUCAACCUUGUUGACACCGUCAGGAACAUGAUUUCCUUGAACCCACAGCUACACGAUUGGUGGGGAAGAGGCUUUUUUGCCUUGGAGCCAAUGGGAGAGCCUGAGUGGUCGUCCGAUUCCAGCGAGACCUCAGCCGGAUGUUCCAAGAAGCAAAAGCUACAAGGGAAAUGGUCUAUUCGACUACGCUUUCAUUGGUUGAGAAAGACAGACAUCCAGCGUCUCGAUACGCCAGUGGACUUUCGUAAAGACCCGCUUACUAUGCUUAAGGAUCCGGAUCCCGAGCGUCCUGUGGCAGCUGUCAACCUGACGACCUGGCGACCGGUCGAGAGUGGUCAGACUUUCACUAUCACGGCAGAAGAUAUUGAUACAUUACCCGACUACGAUAUCCUGCUCCUCCAGUGGGAUGUCUUGAGAAUGUGGCGCCUGGCCGGCGGCGCUGAUCCCGCCAUCUAUCCAGACAACCCCUUCGACAGCGACGACGAGGCUGACAACGUAGCUGAGUCGGGGGGUGAAACAGUUGUCGACAGUCAUCAAGAGCCCAAGGAUGUUUCGCACAACCGCGGCCAGUCCGACCCGAGAGUUAACAACUCUCCGUCGGGGAGUCAAACACCCAGGAACAGUAACGAUGACCCCAAUGCGGACAUCGACGCUAGUCAGAGCGGUAAAACCCAGCCUACCGACCAGAGACGUGGUUCCUAGUACGGACACAACCUGACGGUACGCGGGAAGGAGAAGUUUUCUCAAGGCUUGAGGAAGAUUAGUCUCCAGCUGCCUAAAAACCCAGACAUGACUGUCUCGGUCAAGAAAAAGAAGAGUUUGGCCGACCUGACCGGAAAGGUUGGGAAGAAGUUCGCUUCCUUGAAACUGGGAUUCUCUCGAAGUGUCAAGGGCGG